GUUUCUGCAGGACAUUUGUUGUUGUGGCUCGGUAGAAAGCAGUCAUGGACGGCGCAUACUGCGAGCUCUCACGCCACGAAUUCUGCCUCAAUGGACUCACUUUCAAGACAAGCAGCCGGAGCACAGCAACGCGACCCCGGGGACACCUGUUUGGACGGCGCAGUUCGGGCUCAAAUAGGGCUCGCCAGCCAGUUGGAGUCGCGGGCGCAAUGGAGCUGAUGGUGUUGGUGCUGUUGCUGGUGCUGGAAGGCCCGGAAGAUUGUUAAUGCGUGAUGGUGAGGGCGGAGGUUUUGGGGGAUGAGGUUGGGGUCUGUCGACGAAUGAGAGAGACGCUCUUCUCGCUGGCGCAGAUCUCCAAGCGAAUGGCGCUAGUUGGGUUUAGUUUUAGAGCUGUUUCCUCGGCCCGUCUUGUUCCCAGCGCCGUGGUCGAGUCCGUGGUCGAGUCUUGGGCAACGGCUUGCGUUCUUGAGGCACAAGAAGGCGUUGCGGCGAGUUUGCUGAUGCACAGCGCUGUGAACUCAGCUCGGGAGCAGCUGUGCCUCUGCCCUCUACCCUCUGCCUCCUCUGCUGCGGCUGGGCCGACCGCCGGGAAAUUGGGCACUCGGCACUCCGUGAUGCUGUGCGACGGUCGGGAACAUACGAGGCGCGGCUGUGGCAGGAAAUGCAUGGCUGGUCGAAUCGGGCAAAACCUCCUCUUCCGGGAUGGGAGUCGGGCUGCUGGGAAGGAGGCUGGCGUCUGAUCACGGGAAGGGAAACUCCAGCCUCUCGGAGCUUUCCAGUCGUCAUUUUGAUGACAAUGCCUGCACCUGACGAAAAUCAUCGACAACCAGGUUCAGCUCCGCGACCUUGGCGGCUCGGCGCGGAUUGGGCAAUCGAAUUCCCCCUAAUUGGGUGAGGCACCCGUUCUGGCGGCCUCUUCUGGAGACGAGCACAUCCCUCCAGGGCCUCCACACACCGCUUGGAAUACUUCGCGGAGCUGGUUCGCCCCGUCGACUACGCCAGGCCUCUGCAUGAGCCUAAAGAAACGUCCCAUCCGGAUCAGUAUCAGUUCUGCCGUCGACAGCAGCCUGUUCUUCCGGAUGAAGCCCUUUGGCUCUUCCGUGGGGGCGACGUAAAUCGGCUUACUGAGAGGGCGAGGGCCCUGCACAGUGGGCCCUAGGAGAGGGCGUUUCCGGCGGGGAAUUUAUACUGUAUCUUUCAAUAUCAGAUUCAAAUGUUUCUGGACUUGG